AUGAUAAUACUUUUUUCUUCUUCGUGGUUUCUGUUUAGGACUGGAGAAAGUUCAUUCAGAGCUUGCUUUUCAUUUCACUCUUCUUUUAGUGAGAUCCGGGAUUUUGUGAGCUAUAUUUGCCCUGGCAAUGUGUGUCCCAGUGUAAUUCCAACAAGUGCAACAGAGGAGAGAGUUAUAGAAAUUUUAAAACCAUUGUGCCGAAUGUACAGUCAAAGGAACAAACCAAUGUAUAAACCACUUGGGGCACUGAAGAGAGCCAGAACAUCGGAUCAAACAGAUUCAGGUUGUGAUGGUGGUGAUCUCUUCAAUACAGAACGAAUUUGUAUCAGAUCCAAGCUUCCUAAACUGUUGCCAGACAACAAACCUCUUGUGCAAAACCACGAAGACAGGUAUAAGGUGUCUUCCAUGCCUAAUUCUGUGAAAGUAAAUUUUGUGAAGUGUGAAGAACCCAAUGAUGACGAGGAGAAGUCUGAGAGAGAGAUGUUUUGGGUGCCCAAAGGAGGAGUGCCCAAAGUUGGACUGGCCCAUUCAGAACCAAGUUCCAAGCAAAAUGAAGAUGUACAGCUGGGUAAUUUGGAAAUGCCCAAAUGGGAGAACUUUUUUCGGCAUAACAAGGAAGAUACAGAUACUUCCGAACAUGAGGACAGUGAUCUGCCACCUACAGAACUAACCGAGCCAGACUCACCUAGUCUGUUUAGUGACAGUGACUCGACUCAUAUCUCCUCCCAAAACUCUUCUCAGUCAACACAUAUAUCUCAAGAAGAAGGGUUGGACAGCCAGGCGGAUACCCUACCCAUAUGUACCCAACAACGAAGGCAUCUUGAACUCAGCUCUUUCAAGAGGUGACUAAACAAGGCAAAGUUUUAUACACCUUUUAGAGAAAACAAUGCAUACCUUUGAAAUGUUAAGUGUGGAAUGGAAAGUCAGAGCCCAGUAAAUGAAUGUACAGCAGGCCUGUACUUUGUGGGGGUUAAGGGCAUAGAACCCCUAUGAAAGAAGAAAAAAUGUGUUAUGCUAAAAGACUUAAAGAGAUUCCCAGAGGUAUUUUAUAAGAAUAUCUAGGUCCUCUAGCAAAAAUAUGGUCAUUGGCCAGGAUACAUUGAUCAUUGAAUUGGAGCUAAACUUGGGAACAUAUUACACCCACAGAUACGGAAGAUCGAUUGUAGGCAGACAGAAUUAGCAUGAGACAUGAGUAAACAGGAAGAGAAAUGUAUUGUCGAAGGCUUUCAUGGCCG